AGCGAGGAUAUCAGAUGACCGAUAUACAACUUCUCUACCAACGGAUGCUAUUUCUAUCCCUCCCAAGGUAUCCUAAUAAUAGGUCUUCUCCGCCUGCUCGUUGGCGUUCCGGCUACUCGCACAGUCGCAACGGUGCAUUCUUGACAGCAACGCAAACCAGGUGUCUAGGAUAGUGUCCAGAAGCUUCAUGUGAACAUGUCCAGGAGGCCCAAUGUUUCAGCGACGAAGUCCCGCCGCGUUUCUGCCAUGCUGUCAAUAAGCUCUUCGAAACCUCGCCUUCUAGCAAUGGCGAAGCUCACUGCUAUUCUUGCUGCGCUCGUUGCGCUUAUUCCUUUGGCGUCCGCUCAGUCUCAAGAAUGGGGUCAAUGUGGCGGUGUUGGUUGGACUGGUCCGACUACUUGUGUCACUGGUACAUUCUGCAUGGAAUACAGCGAAUACUACUCGCAGUGCAUUCCAGGGACCGCAACCACUGCACCCCCAGCUACUACUGCACCACCAACCAGCAGCAGUUCCUCGUCAGCUCCUUCGUCCACUGCUACUGGCGGUCUUCACACCAUUGCUAAAGCAAAUGGAAAGCUUUACUUUGGAUCUGCUACCGACAACCCUGAGCUUAGCGAUACACCCUACGUUGCUAUCUUGGAUGACAACACUAUGUUUGGUCAGAUCACGCCAGGUAACAGUAUGAAAUGGGAUGCGACUGAACCAUCUCGUGGAACGUUCACCUUCUCUGGAGGCGACGUCAUCGCCAACUUGGCUAAACAGAACGGGCAACUUCUUCGUGGUCACAACUGUGUCUGGUACAGCCAGCUCCCGUCAUGGGUCUCGUCUGGCAACUUCGAUGCCGCAACUCUUACAUCCAUCAUUCAAACUCACUGCAGUACUUUGGUUGGCCACUACAAGGGUCAAAUUUGGGAUGUCGUUAACGAGCCCUUCAAUGAUGAUGGAACUUAUCGUCAAGACGUCUUCUACAACACUCUCAACACCAACUACAUUUCAAUUGCUCUCCAAGCGGCUCGAGCUGCCGACCCUGAUGCCAAACUCUACAUCAAUGACUACAACGUUGAAGGUCCCGGUGCCAAGUCAACUGCCCUUCAAAACCUCGUUAAGCAGCUCAAGGCCGACAAUGUCCCAAUCGAUGGCGUCGGUCUCCAAGGUCACUUUAUCGUUGGCGAACUGCCUGGUAACAUCCAACAAAACAUCGAAGCUUUCACUGCUCUGGGCGUCGAGGUCGCCAUUACGGAACUGGACAUUAGGAUGACACUUCCCUCCACCCCUACUCUCCUAGCCCAACAACAGAAGGAUUAUCAAACUGUCAUCACGGCUUGCAAGAACGUCGAGGGAUGUGUUGGCGUUACGAUCUGGGAUUAUACCGAUAAGUACUCCUGGGUGCCUCAGACGUUCUCUGGUCAAGGUGCUGCGUGCCCUUGGGACGCGAACCUUGCGAAGAAGCCUGCUUACGAUGGCAUUGUGGCGGGUCUCCAGGCAUAGACUGUUGUAUCUAUAGCUGUAGACGGGGUCUCCAAAAUGUAUUAUUAUCUCUUGAUUGUCGAGUUGCGUUGGCCUAGCUGAGUGUCUUCGAUACCA